GAUGCUACAUCCACGAGCAAGGAGCAGUGCAGGCAGUGUUUGGGCUCACUGCCUGGGGCUGGGGAACCAUUGUCGGGACUGGCUGAAGGCUCGUCUCUUUGCUUAGCAGCUCUCCCGGCAGUGCACGGCCAAUCGAAACAAAGCUCGAGCUGCUGGUUAGCAAGCUAACCGUAGCAUUAUCCCUUUAGCCGACGAGCUAGCUAGCAUCACCGCACAGCCUGCCUUCCGCCGACGUGCACUUCCCCCACUCUCCCUCCAGCCGGCUAGCCGCAGCGUUAGUCCGGUACAUAAAAUGAAGCGACCAUCAGCAUUCGGGGAAGCUGUGUGGCUGUUUGGAUUUUGCUGAUGUAUGAGGAGACGAUAUUGUUUUUGUGAGAUCUCUGUCAAGGAGGUCAAAAUCGGUACAGGGGAUGGACGAGCAGAAAUCAAACUGCGAAGAAAAUGACUCUGAACCAACAGCUGAUGACAGUGCCCCUGCAAAGCAGCCUGUCUCCUCUGAGGAGCAGUCUGAAGACCUCCCUGGUGCUGAGGACGUGCCAGCCGUUACAGCAGCUUCUUCCAGCACGCCAGCAGAGAGCGUUCGAGCCUGUUCGCUUUGUAACUGUGUGGAGCGGAGCCUGCAUGGACAGCAGGAACUGAGACAUUUUGGGCCAUCCUCAGAGCGGCCGACCCUCAAGCCAUCCGGUUUUCCACUGCCUCAACCUGGGAAUGAUGACCUGUCUUCCAUUGGAUUUUCCAAUUCCCCCUGUCUGGCGGCACUCUUUGAAGAUUCAGGGGGGUGUUGGGUUCAUCAAUGGUGUGCAGUGUGGUCGGAGGGAGUCAAGCGGUUGGAGAAUGAGGAGCUGGAGAAUGUGGAUAAGGCCGUUAUCUCAGGGACACAACAGCUUUGCGAAUACUGCAAAAGGCUGGGUGCAACGAUUCGAUGCCAUGCUGAGGGCUGCUCACGGUUCUACCACUUCCCCUGCUCAGCAGCCAGUGGAUCCUUCCAGUCCAUGAAGCAGUUGGUUCUCCUCUGUCCAGAACACAUAGACAAAGCUGAGGAGUUGGCAGGUGAAGAGUCUUGGUGUGCCGUGUGCGAUUCAGCGGGUGAGCUCACAGACUUGCUCUUCUGUACGGGUUGUGGUCUACAUUAUCAUGCAGCUUGUCUUGAGAUUGGUGCCACGCCCAUCCAGCGGGCAGGAUGGCAAUGCCCAGAGUGUAAAGUGUGCCAGACAUGCAGACAACCUGGAGAAGACUCCAAAAUGUUGGUAUGUGAUGCCUGUGAUAAGGGCUAUCACACCUUCUGUCUCCAGCCAGCCAUGGAUUCUCUUCCCACUGACCCAUGGAAAUGCAGAAGAUGUCGUGUAUGCACGGAGUGUGGUGUCCGUGGACAGGUGCUGCCAGGUUUGGCACAGUGGUUUGAUAACUACACUGUGUGUGAGGGCUGCCAGCGGCACCGUAUCUCUAUCUGUGGAGUGUGCAGCAAGGCUGCCAGCCCAUCUGUUGCUCUGCAGGGCUGCAGCAUGUGCCACAGGUGGGUACACAGUGAGUGUGCUGCACCGGGGGAGCUUCCAGAAGCCAAGUGCAUUUGCCUGCUUUGCAAGGUGGACCAUCAGCAGUCUAUCACUCAACCACACACAACAGAGAUCCAAACCAGAGAAGCAUCUGAGGAGACUGAAGGACGCGUGGAUUCGGUUGAGAUGAACAUUCAAACUGAUGCAGACGUGGUGACAGAAGAGCAGAAAGGCUUAGUAGAGGUUACACCAGGACAGAUGGGCAAAUCAGAGAUGGGUCAGGGAGAAGCAACGACUGACACAGAGACGCCCAUGGACUUGGGGGAGGAGGCUGCAGUCUCCCAGACAACAGAUGUUGUGGAGAGAACCAUGGAGGAGGAGUUGGUACCAACAGAAGAAACAACCCCUGAGGUGCCCGCUGCUCCACUUGAAACUGCAGAAUGUGAAACAACAGAACAGGAGUCCUCUUGUCCACCUGCAGAUGAAGAGAAAGCAGGAGAGGCAGUAGGCCACGUGACCCAAGCCACCACUUCCCCGGUCCCCAAAGCAGAGACCCAGUCCAACGACUCCAAUGUAGAGCCAACACAGGUAUCACAACAAGGCCCUGAAAACAUGGAGGUGGAGAAGCAGGAGGCCACUCCCUUAGUUGAACAAAUAUCACCAGAGUUAAUAAAGGGUGGCCCUAUCACAGAAACAUGCAGCAAGGACCCACCAAAGUUACCUGCUUCUCCUGCAUGUGUGGUCAAAACGGAGCCUUUGCCGUUGGAUGACGAGCAGAAAAAAAGUCCAUGUCAGGAUCCGCAGUUUCCUCCUCGGCUGUCUUCAUCAGGAGAUGCACAAGAGACCCUCUCGUCUUUGGACAUGGAGGGGAGGUUACUAACCAACUCUGAGGAGGAGGAGGAGGAUGAGGAAGAAGAUGAUGAUGAGCAAAUGCAGCGAGAAGGACAUAUUGAUGAGAUAAAACAGGAAUUGCAGGAGCUAGAAGUUAAUCAGGACUUUUUGCUAGAUGAGACGUCUAAUUUGAGCCAUGGAGAUGACAGCAGCAGUGGCUUUCUGGGCUCUCCAGGAGAACCCGAUCCUCAACUCUCCCUGGAGCUUGGCCUUGUACACGGUGGCCGAUCGCGUUCAGAUAACUUGCUCACUGAGACGGAUGAUUCUCUUCCCUUUGAACCCCUCAGAAGUGACAGAGAGAAGGUGAACCGCAGAGGAUCCCCAGGCCGCUCAAGGGUCAAACAUGGGCGAAGUAAUAGUUUCCCUGGAAAGCGUAGACCUCGAGGUGGAGCUGGUGGAGGGAGAGGGCGUGGUGGGAGGUCACGCCUCAAAGCCAUGGCCUCCUGCAUUGAUGCCUUCUUGCUAAGCAUGACCACGGACACUGGAAUAAAUAAGGAUGAAGACGAUGAGGAAGAUGACACAAUGCAGAACACAGUGGUUCUUUUCUCAAACACGGAUAAAUUUGUCCUGCUCCAGGACAUGUGCGUUGUGUGUGGCAGUUUUGGAAAGGGCAUGGAGGGGCAGUUGUUGGCUUGUGCUCAGUGUGCACAGUGUUACCAUCCUUACUGUGUUAACAGCAAAAUCACCAAGACGAUGCUCCGUAAAGGCUGGCGUUGUUUGGAAUGUAUUGUGUGCGAGAUGUGUGGAAAGGCUUCGGACCCCUCCCGCCUGCUGCUGUGUGAUGAUUGUGACGUCAGCUAUCACACCUAUUGCUUGGACCCUCCCUUGCACACUGUACCCAAGGGUGGUUGGAAGUGCAAAUGGUGUGUGUGCUGUGUGCAGUGUGGUUCCAGCUCACCGGGUUUCCACUGUGAGUGGCAGAACAACUACACACACUGUGGCCCCUGUGCCAGCCUGGUCUCCUGUCCAGUAUGCAGACAGAACUUCAUGGAGGAGGAGUUGCUGCUGCAGUGUCAGUACUGCGAUCGAUGGGUCCAUGCAGUCUGUGAGAGUCUUUACACGGAGGAUGAGGUGGAACAAGCUUCUGAUGAGGGCUUUGCAUGCACAUCCUGUACCCCAUAUGUUCCAAAACCUGUGGUAGUAGAGUCAGCCAUUAUGGCUUCAAUAAAGAUCAAAGAGCCAGAGCCUCAGUUCUACCGGUUGGAGGGCGUGUGGUUGACAGAAUCGGGUAUGUCCCUGCUUCGCAGCAUCUCCAUGUCUCCCCUGCACAAGAGACGGCAGCGUCGCUCCCGUCUUGGCACUCUGUGUUGUGAAGGAGGUCCUGAUGGAAUGGAUCUGAGGGAGGUCGACGGAGAUGGGGAGGAUGGAAAAGGGUGUGGGGAGCCCAUGGACUGUGAUUCCAAGAUGGAGAACCCCGGGAGCCCUGACAGAGACGGUGGUGCAGGGGCAGACGGAGGCAAUGAAGGCAUGGGCGAUGGGGAUGGUCUCAAAGGGGGAGCAGAUGAAAUGGAGGAUAGUAAAAAAAGAAAGCGGAAACCUUACAGGCCUGGAAUUGGAGGCUUCAUGGUGCGACAAAGAAAGUGUCACACAAGGAUGAAGAAAGAAUUUUUUGCCCAGCUGGCUGGAGAGACUAUGUUAGAUGGACAGCCAAUAGAAAGAACCAUCGAGGAAGGACCUCACCCUGACACGGAUAACAUAAUGGAUCCAAAACCAGUGGAGGGCGAGGAACAGGCCAAGAAACGACGAGGCCGAAAGAAGAGCAAACUGGAGGACAUGUUUCCAUCUUAUCUCCAGGAGGCUUUCUUCGGGAAGACACUAAUAGACUUAGGUAAGAAGGCUGUGAUGACAUCCCCGGGGCACAGGUCAGGUGCAUGCCCUGUCCGACCUUCAUUACCAGCACCAACAGAGGUCAAAGCUACUGCACCAGAGACUGAUACCAAGGAUCGUGCUGUAGAGGUUAAUUUUCCUCUCAAGCAAGAGGGGGGUGAGGCCCACCAAGCUCAGGGAGAAGGUUCUGGAGUUUCUGGCCUGUCCUCGUCACUGAAGGACCAGGUGUCAACUGAUCCUCAUGCCUUUGCUGCAGUAAAAAUUGAAGGUCUUGGGCAAGGUGUGGAGAGUCAGGACUCUGAGCAGUUCUUCAGAAAGGUUCUGGGAGUGUCAGAAGGCUCCUCUUUGGAGGGCAUGAACCCCAUCUUGGAGGGCAGUAAAGGGGAACUCAAUCGAAGCACUUUGCCACAGAGAGCUCUCCUCUCAGGGUCUCUGCCCUCAGCUGGAAUGAUGGAUGCCUUUCCUGGCCUUUCUCAGUCACCGUUCUUUGACAUGCGGGACCGAGGAGGGCUGUUCAGUCCAGAUGGAGGUGAGGAGAGCCCCUGGGCGACUCCCUCUACCCCAGCAACCCCCUCCUCCCCACCGACCCCCACUGAGGCAGAGGGUGAUGGGCUUUCCUACAACCAGCGCAGUCUCCAGCGCUGGGAGAAGGAUGAGGAGCUGGGUGAAGUCUCAACCAUUUCCCCUGUGCUUUAUGCCAAUACCAACUUUCCCACCCUCAGACAGGACUACCCAGACUGGGCGAGUCGCUGUAAGCAAAUCAUGAAGAUCUGGAGGAAGGUGUCAGCUGCUGACAAGGCUCCAUAUCUGCAAAAGGCCAAAGAUAAUCGAGCAGCACAGAGGAUCAACAAGGCACAGAAGCAGGCAGAGAGUCAGGUGUGCAGGCCAAUCAAGACAGAGCCAGGACAUGUAAAGGGAGAAAGGCCCAGUUUACACCUCCAGAUCCCUCCACCUUCAGGCUCUACAUCAUGCCCUUCUCAGCCCAGCUCUGCAGAGAGCCCAUUUCCUUUCCCUCCAGAUUCAGGAUCAUCCUCUGUAUUUUUCUCAGAUGGACAUGUUAAGACUCCGGGUUCAGCUGAGAUCCGGACAGAUCCAUUGUCCAAGCUUCCUCCUCAGUCACCCCAUUCUCACUCUCACCCAUCCACACCCUUCUCACAUGCUGGAGCCAGCUCCUUACAGGCCUCUUCCUCAGGUUAUUCUGCUUCCGGCCCACAGGGUCCUCCUCAGGGACGGCCAGCCAGUCUUGGCCCCUUUGACAUGCAACCAGGAACUCCUGGAACACCCCGACGGGCUCAGCAGGUUGACCCCUACUUCAGAUCACAGCUACAGCAGCAACAAAGUAAUUUACCACAAUCCCACCAUGGCUCUCAGGAGUCCCUAGGACAUCCAGAAAGUCCUCAUUCGAGAAGUACUGGGCUUGGGGAGUCGCCCAUCUUCUCGCCGACCCACAAUACUCACUACGGAGACCCUUUCAGAACCCAGCAAGUGAUGGGGCGACCAGAAUACGGUUCAUCCCCAUCACCCUCUGCAAUGGCUUCAUCACCUGCAAGCACAGGACAGUACAGGGCUGAUAUGAGUGCACCUUCUCCACGCUCGUCUGCUGUUGGGAGACCUGACCUAUCGACUGGGUCCCCUGCUGGGAUGUUGGAGUCUGGGGAUGGUUUAUUCAAGGCACCUAUGACGCCACGAGUGCACCAAGGGGAGGGUGGCGCACUUCACCCUGGAGCUUCCCCUAGUCACCUUUCUGAAGGCUAUAGGAAGUCUCCCUCCCACCCUUUCUCUGACCCCCACUCUCAGUCACCACUUACCCCUAAACAGCAAUCAGUAGACGGUUGUCCUCUUGGACUCCAAAGACAACCUGUAGCUCAGCAGGAACUAUGCUCAAGAGUGCCCUCCAGCCCACAGUCCCAGGGCAGCUCACAGUCUCCCCAUACUCCUGGUGGACUAUCCAAUGAUGCUUAUAAUGUCCAGUCUCCAGCAACCCCACGUUUCCAAUCCCCAGACCAUAGUUCUCAGCCACUUUCAAGGCCACAAUCUAGAGACCAUUUUGCAGCUAUCCACAAACCCCCUCGUCCUCCCUCCGUUGCCCCAGAGGGAACAUUAAGUUAUAAAGGAUCACCUCAUCCCAACCAGGCACCGACAAACAGUUCAAUAGGUGAUCCUCUCUCUGGUAAACCAUCAGCAGUUCCUAAUUUCAGCCGCAGCCCGGGGGCCCUCCAAAUGACUCAACAGCAGAGUCAGAUGGUGCAGGGUCAGCUCCAGCAACAACAGCCACAUACUCAGCAGACUAUGGGGGCAGACAGCUUCAGUUCCAGGGUACCCCCUCCUUCUGGACCUCAAGAACUACCAGUUGUCCGCCCUCCAGACACACCUCAUCAGCCAUCUUUGCAAGGCACUCAUGAAUUGCCUGAUAUGUCAGCAGUGCAAGACCCUACAUUGGUAGGACUUAGCCCCUCUGAGCUGGAGAAGCACAGACAGCGCCAGAGACUGAGGGAAUUCUUAAUCAGACAACAAAUGCAGAGAAAUUCCAUCAGACAAGAGAAGGAGGCGGCUGCUGCUGCGGCUGCUGGUGGCAGUGUGUCCCCUGGUUGGUCUGCAGGAGAGAUGGGGGCCUUUCAACAAGACAACAAAGUCCACAGAGCACCACCACCUUAUCCACAGGACCGUAGUGCUGCUGCUAGCGGUGUUGGACCUCAGGUUUCUAUGGCAGGGAAGAUGCCCAUGGCUGUUGGAGGAAUGGAGGACAAGCUCAUUCGCCCACCACCUACAGGAACUCCUGCCAAUAUGGAUGCUAACGCACUAAGGCCACAAGGGCCCACCAGACCUCAGGGCAUGUAUGCCCGUCCACCGUUCCCCCAACAGUGGCAGGGCCAGGCCCCGGGUCCAAGGAGGUUCCCCCAGCCUGGCAUGGAGGCUAUUGGUAUAAGGCACAACCCUACCAUGAAUAUUCAGGGCAUGGAGAGCAUGGGUAACCCUCACACCAUGAUGCCAGGACAUGGAGGAGAGACGAUGCAGCAAAUGGCUCAAGGACCCCCUCCACAGUUCAUUGAACUGAGACAUAACUCGCAGAGGUUACCCUUACGGCCCCAGUUUAUGCCUCGUGGACCCCAGCCCCGACCACGUUUCUUUCCACAGCAAGAGAUGGCAUCACCUUAUGUACAUCAACACUCCAUCGCUCAAGCUGGAGGCAUUCAAACAGGGGGGGGCGGUGAAUCACAACUGGGGUUACAGCAGGGUGGACUGUCAGCUUUACUGCCUCAUCAGUCUGCAGGCCCAGUACCACAACAGCCCCACCUGCAUCCCCAGGCUUCCUCCAAUCCUAAUACUCAACUUCACCAGUCAGGUCUAGUUAGAGAGCCCCAGGCUGCUGCCGCUGGAAACAGACUGGAACUGCCAGAGCCUGAUCUUGAGGGUCUUGGGGAGGCUCCAGGAGAUGGAGGUGUGGAGGAUGAGGAUGAUUUGGCUCUAGACUUGGACCCUGACAAAGGGGAUGAUGACUUGGGCAACCUGGACAACCUUGAAACCAAUGAUCCACACCUAGACGACUUGCUUAACAGUGAUGAGUUUGACUUGCUGGCUUACACUGACCCUGAACUGGACCAAGGAGACCCAAAGGAUGUCUUCUCAGAGCAACUACGGCUGGUAGAGGCAGAAAGUGAACCCCCCUCUGGAUCAGUGCUUGUUAAAGUGGAAGGGAAAGCCAAUGGGGACCAGAAGUCUUUCACAACAGCCAGUGCACUUGGUUCUGCUACCAAACUGCAACCCUCUGCAGAAAUAGUUGAUAUCUCCAAAGUCAAAAUAGAAGACAAAGGUCUGACCCCUCAGCUGCAGCAAGGACAGACAGUGGUGAAAGAUGAAAUGGGAGAGGCUGUGUCAAUGCUUCUUGGUGGGACCACAAUAUCAGCCAAGCCUGGGAAUGUAGGAAACCAGUGUGCUUCACUUAGCUCUGUCCGAUUAGGGGGACUUCAAUACCCUCUGCCAGACCAAGCUGACUCAGUGCCCUUUCCUCCAGCUGUUCCACAUGCAGAUAUUGGUGAUGAUUCACUGGGGCUACCUGAUGUAGGGGGGCAUCACUCCCCUGCUGUAGAUUUAGCAAAGGUAGAGAGUUCUUUAGAUGGUGAACUGCCUCUUCUAAUACAGGAUCUGCUAGAGCACGAAAAGAAGGAACUGCAAAAGCAGCAACAGCAGCAACAGCUCAGUUCCCUCCAUCAGGGAGGCAUGGCAUCUCACUUCCAACAACAAAACCAACAGGCACCUGGUCAGAUAAUGUUACCACACCACCAUCGUCCACCACCUCAAGGAAUGAUGGCUCAACCAGGGAUGGUACCCCGUGCGCCACACAUGUUGCCGCAACAGCAGCAAAGGCUUAUGGGACCUGGAAUGGCACCUACAACUCACAUGGCAGUGGCACAGCAACAAGCCAUGAUGAGGAUGGGGCAGCCAGGGAUCCAUUCAGGGCUCAAUCACCAACCACAGCCACAGCCAGCGGUUAAACAGUUAUCUCUGACCAACAAUUUCUUCCCUGAUAAAGAAUUAGAAAAAUUUGCCAGUGAUGACAUCAUGGACCCCAUUGCCAAGGCAAAAAUGGUGGCACUUAAGGGAAUCAAGAGGGUGUUGGCACAAGAUCCAAUGGUUGGGCCACCUGGCAUUAACAGACAACAAGUGUCUUUGCUUGCUCAAAGGCUGGCUUCUGCCCCAGGCACAGAUCCAGGUCAACUUAUAUCUGGACCUCCAAAGGAGGGCGAAACGAGUGAUCCCACCCAGUCAAGACCUAACCCUCCCCAGUUUGUGCAAGGAAUCAUCAAUGAUGCAGAGCAGCACCAAUAUGAAGAAUGGCUUCUUCACACUCAGCAGUUACUCCAAAUGCAGUUGAAAUUUCUGGAGGAACAGAUUGGAGUUCACCGCAAGUCACGCAAGGCACUGUGUGCAAAGCAACGCACUGCUAAGAAAGCUGGCAGGGAGUUUGCUGAGGCAGAUGCAGAGAAGCUCAAGUUGGUUACAGAGGAGCAAAGCAAAAUUCAAAAACAGCUUGACCAGGUGCGCAAGCAGCAGAAGGAGCACACCAAUCUUAUUGCAGAGUACAGAAGCAAGCAGCAACAGCAUCAGCAAGGCUCAGGUCUUGUUACCCCAGGUCAUUCUGCACAGGGGGCACCUCCUCACAUGUUUCCCAAGAUGCCUGGCCAGAUGAUGAUAGGGCAACAAGGAACUCCAGUAAUGGGCCAGCACCCUGGCAUGAUGCCGCAAGGUGGAAUGCCUGUCAGGAUGCCCCAAGGGCAGCCCUUUAUUGGAGGAGCUCAGCCUCCAUCAGCUAUCGGUGCUAGGACCCCAGUUCCUCCUGGCGCUCCUCCAGGAUUCUUUCCACAGGGGCCUGGAAUGCAAGGUGCAGACCCCAGGCUUCUACAAGAAAGACAGCUUCAGCAUAGGAUGCAGAUGGCAAAGCUCCAGCAACAACAACAACAACAACAGCAGGUGACAAUGAGUCAGCAGUCAAUGCCACACCCAAAUCAACUCGCUCAGCCACAGUCUGGUAUGAUGGGGAACCCACUUAUGGCCCAACAACAAGCAAGCACACAACAGGGAAUGUUAGUCAACCAGGCCAGUCAGCAGAAUAUGGUGCAGGUUCCACAAGGAAUGAUUGGAGGCCAGUCUGGUGCUCCACCACCCCAGAACCUUGGAGGAGGCCAGCCCAUUAACCAUGCACAAACAAUGAUGGCAGCUCAACCAGGGAUGAUGGGGAAUCAGCCAAUUGCACCAUUACAGCAACAAAGGCCUCAGCUGAUGAUGGGUCAGCAGGGAAUAGUUGCAUCUCCAGGUCAUCCUGGCCUCAGGGGCCCUCAGGUCCAAUUGACUCCUCAACAACAGAGCAUUCUUGCCCAGCGCAUGAUCGCAUCUCAACAACAGCAGCAGCAUCAGCAUCAACAUCAACAACAGCAACAGCAGCAGCAGCAGCAGCAGCAGCAUCUUGCAAAGAACUUGGCCCACCUCCAGCAACAGCAGAUGGCACAGCAAAGACAACCAACACAAAUGAUCAGUCAGCCUAGCCAAGAAGCAGGGGGACUCUCCCAACCCUCAACCCCACAGAUGGGCCCCUCGCCCUCAGCAGGAAGUAUCACACCCCAGCCACAGGGAUCCACAGACAGUCAAAACUCAGGCCCCAAAGAGGGUGGCAUUCUGAGCCCUGAUCCAAGAACGCCGCCUCAGCAGAGUGGCCCCUCCACUCCCAAUCAGAUGAGUCAGCUGGGCUCUGCAAAUGAUCAUCAAACUGACUUUGGAAGGCAACAGCUACAGCAGCAGCAGCAGCUACAACAACAGCAGCAGCAGCAGCUACAACAGCAGCAUCAACAUCAAAACCAGGUUUAUAUGGCCCAGCCAAAUCCUCAGUCUGUUCCUGAACAGCAAAUAACUUUGGUUGGAAACCAACAAACUGUCGCACAUCAGCAACAACAGCAACUAUUUCCUGUCACUCUCCAGAGGCAAGGUUCCAUCAGUGCUGAUAAGCCAGGUUUGAUGACUGUAAAAGAAGAAGGGAAACCAAUUGAUUUCUUAACUCAGCAGCAGCAACAACAGCAACAACAGCAGGCGGCUCAAAAUGCCAUGCAGCAGUCAAAGGAUCCCAGCAUGCAGCAGCAGAUCAUGGUCCAGAACCACCCUGGCCAGCCACAGCAAGUUGUUAUGGGUCCUAAUCCACAACAACAAGCCCUCAUCGCCCAGCAGCAAAAACAACAGGCCAUAAUGGGCAUGAUGAGAGCACAGCAGCAAGGAAUGAUGGCACAGAGGCCUGGGGUUCCCCCCGGACAGGUCCGCAUCCCAGCUAGUAUUGCUCAGAAUCCCCAGCUCCGCAAUCUUCCCCCAAACCAGCAGAUACAGCACAUUCAGGCUUUGAUUGCCCAGAGGCAGCUCCAGCAGGGACAGAUGUUGCGCAUGUCAGUGGCUCAAGGACCGCAAAGUCAGCUGAGGCCUCACAUGCCACCAGGACAGAUGCCACUAGUCGGACAACAGAUUCCUGGGAUGGAAGGCCAACAGAUGCCGUAUGGAGCCAUGGGGAAGCCAGGAGUAGUCGGCCCUCAACAACAGUUGGGCCAACAACCUGGUGUUGCACCUCAGAUGCAGCAUGGAAUGAUCCCUGGACAACAGCAGCCACAAGUGGGGGAAAUGAUGCAGCAACAUAUUAUGAGAGGCCAGGUGCCGGUGCCACGCUCCCCCAUGGACCAGGGCCGUAUGAUAAGGCCAACAUCUCCAGGACAUUCAUUAGCUAACUCUCCUAUUGAUCCACAACGGCACGCAUUUAAUCAAGCUAUGGGUAUGCGUCCACCCACUCCUAACCAAAAUCAACAACACGCACUAAUGGCAGCUGCAGCAGGCCGCAUGCAGGGCUCUCCAUCCCAUGCAUAUUCUCCAAGAGGACCCUUUGGCAUGAGCCCAGCCCACCCGGCCUCACCACAUUCAUCCCAUGUCUCCUCGCCUUCUGUACCCGACAGCAGGGCUGGAAGGGGGAGUCCAUACAAUCACGUCAAGGCGUCCCCACUCAGGUCACCUGGAGCUAGAAGUCCACUUGAUUGUCCAGGGCUUAAAGUAGAAACUCAGAUAUCAGGCAAUGAAACACCUCAGACAUUCGCAGGCAUCCACAAUGGGUCACAAAAAGACAUGAAUAUUCACCAACGGUCACAUCAGGUUACUGAGAGUCAUCUGCCUCACAUGCAACAUGGCUCCAGAGAAGGAGAGCUGUGCAAGAUGACCCUACAGAACAUUAAACAGGAACCAAGGGAGGUUCACUGUGAUGGUGCAGCAGAGGCUCAUCCUGGUGCUAUUAAGCGAGAAGCAACAGGUGAGGCAGUAACCUCUGGGAACACUAGAUUUAUAAAUGCUGGAAACAUGGCUGGAGACCCUGCAACCCACAGCCACAGAUCUGAGACUGGACAGCAGCUACUACAGAAACUCCUGAGAACCAAGAACCUUCAACUCGGUGCUCAGAGGCCUUCUGAAGGCAUCCACAACGAGAUCAACGGCCACAUCAACAGCAAACUAGCAAUGCUGGAGCAAAAACUUCAAGGAACUCCACGAAACAUGGAGGACUUGCAGUCUAUAACAAAAAGGUCUCCUGUACAAAAGCCAAAACGCACAAAUAAGCCAGCCGGAGAAAGAGGGACGAAUGCACGGAAGAAGAAUAAGAAGGAGGAAGUUGGUAAAAGUGCUGAAGCCCUAAUAAAACAACUCAAACAGGGUCUCUCUCUGCUUCCCCUGAUGGAGCCUUCAAUCACUGCCAGCCUGGAUCUAUUCGCCCCUUUUGGAAGCAGCCCGGCCAACGGCAAAGCUCCGCUCAAAGGAUCUUUUGGAAAUGCAGUGUUGGACAAUAUCCCAGACUACUACUCUCAGUUACUCACUAAGAGUAAUCUCAGCAACCCACCAACGCCCCCAUCCUCCCUCCCCCCUACACCUCCGCCCUCCGUGCAGCACAAGCUGUUGAAUGGAGUGACUCCUGGGGAGGAGCUGUCCAGUGGUCAGAAAAACACAGAGCCAGCAGAAGAGCCAAUGGAAUCGGUUACGCAGGAGGUUAAGAGUGUCGACAUCCUCGCUGCUCUCCCGACCCCACCACAUAACCAGAAUGAGGACAUCAGAAUGGAGAGCGAUGACGAGGAUGCCCCGGAAAGUAUCAUCCCAGCAUCAUCCCCCGAGAGUAAUGUGGGAGAUGAAACCCCACGUUUCCCUCACCUUCGGGAGCCUAAAGAGGAGGAGACGGAGAGAGCAAUAUCCCCCAUCAUCCCCCUCAUUCCUCGCACUGCCAUACCUGCCUUCCCAGAAAACAAACCAUUAGAAACGGCUGAUGGCAAAGACGUUUCCACAUCCAACCACUGGGACAAGGCCAAAAGCAACGAGGUGUCCGUCACCUUCACACUGUCCUCUGCUGCAGCCAAGAAACUGAACCACGUGAUGAUGGCCAUGGCCCAGUUGCUCAACAUCCGGAUGCCAGGUUCCUAUGAGUUGACUUCACAAAACCCUGACAUGCCUGAAGUGGAUGGGUCAGGGAAAGGACCCGGUCAGUCAGGGGCUUUGUGUACAAAGGACAGCUCAUCCAGUCAGGAUGAGUGGCUAAGGCAAUUUGACGUGUCUCUACCAGGCUGCACAUUGAAGAAGCAAGUGGACAUUCUUGCACUUAUUAAACAGGAAUUCUCAGAAAAUGACGACAAACCACCCCAGCACUGUUACACAACCAAAGUGAAUGAUUUGGAUGUGCGCCACCUUCCUAUUAUACCAGUGGAGGAGUCUCCACCCCCUUCACCAUCUCCGCCACAACCUCCUCCAUCUGUCUCAGCUCCAUCUACUGAAGCUGAACCUUCGAAAAAAUCCGCUUGUCCCUCCCCUGCUCCUUUCAGUCCCUCCAGUGUAAAGAUCAAGAUCGAGCCUGACCUGGAUGAUGCUCCUCCACUCGAUGCUGCUCAACCAUCUGAUGACACAAAGUCUCAACUUGCUGCUCCAGAGUCGGUCAAUGAUGAAGCAGCUGCUUCUGAAGUUUCUGAUCCUGCUGCUCCUACUGAAGAGAAGCAAGAUCUGAGUCUUACUACCAAGGAGGAGGAGGAGGAGGAGGACGCGACUGCUGAUCCAGUUCAUCCUCCUAAAGCUUCUCCCAAUGCCAUGGAGUUUUCCCCUAAAGCUCCAAAGCAGCGCAGACCUCUGUCCCCUGAUGAGGAGGUGGUACAUCCCAAAUUAAAAAAAUGGAAGGGGAUUCGCUGGAAGCGUCUUCAGAUUGUCAUCACCAUACGUAAGGGCGGGUCUAAGAAAGAGAGCAGCCGUGAGGUCUCUGAGCUGAUGGAGCGCCUGCGCAUCACUCUCCGACCGGACAAGCUGCCUCGGGAUAAACGUAAAUGCUGUUUCUGCCACGACGAAGGAGACGGAUACACGGAUGGGCCGGCCCGUUUGCUUAACAUCGAUGUGGACCUGUGGGUGCACCUUAAUUGCGCCCUGUGGUCCACAGAGGUGUACGAAACGCAGGGGGGCGCCCUCAUCAAUGUGGAGGUAGCCUUGCGUCGUGGAUUAGGGACUCUCUGCGCGUACUGCCAGAAAACGGGUGCCACCAACAGCUGCAACCGACUGCGCUGCCCGAACGUUUACCACUUCGCCUGCGCCACCAGGGCUCGCUGCAUGUUCUUCAAGGACAAGACCAUGUUGUGCACCCAGCACAAGCUGAAGGGCCCCAGUGAGGAUGAACUAAGCACAUUCGCCGUCUUGCGGCGCGUCUACAUCGAGCGUGAUGAGGUGAAGCAGAUCGCCAGCAUCUUACAGCGAGGCGACCGUAUCCACCUGUUCCGUGUCGGCGGCCUCAUCUUUCAUGCUGUUGGCCAGCUGCUCCCCUCCCAAAUGACCAACUUCCACUCGCCCACUGCGAUCUUCCCGGUCGGCUAUGAGGCAACACGCAUCUACUGGAGCACACGCGUGCCCAACAAGCGCUGUCGCUACCGCUGCCGCAUCAGCGAGGACGAGGGUCAGCCCCUGUUCGAGGUGCGUGUUCUGGAGCACGGCAUGGAGGACUUGCAGUACCGGGAUUCUACUCCAGAAGGGAUCUGGGACCUAGUUGUUCAGCAGGUGGCUAAACUCCGAGAUGAAUCCUCCAUGUUGAAGCUGUUCACCGAACAUGUCAAAGGAGAGGAGAUGUAUGGCCUCACCGUUCACGCUGUCAUGCGAAUCACUGAGUCGUUGCCUGGAGUGGAGAACUGCCAGAACUAUCAGUUCAGAUAUGGUCGUCAUCCUCUGAUGGAGCUUCCCCUGAUGAUCAAUCCCAGCGGCUCUGCCCGCUCUGAGGCCAAGGUCCCCAUGCACUGCAAGAGGCCUCACACUCUAAACAGCACCAGCGUUUCAAAGGCCUACCAGAGCACGUUCACUGGCGAGCUCAACACACCAUACAGCAAACAGUUCGUCCACUCCAAGUCCUCCCAGUACCGCCGCCUGAAGACCGAGUGGAAGAACAACGUGUAUCUGGCUCGAUCCCGAAUCCAGGGCCUGGGGCUGUACGCUGCCAAGGAUCUGGACAGGCACACCAUGGUCAUCGAGUACAUCGGCACUGUCAUACGCAACGAGGUGGCAAAUAGCCGUGAGAAGAUCUAUGAGUCCCAGAACCGUGGGAUCUACAUGUUCCGCAUCAACAACGAGCAGGUGAUUGAUGCCACUCUGACAGGCGGCCCGGCUCGCUACGCCAACCAUUCCUGUGCCCCCAACUGUGUUGCGGAGGUUGUAACCUUUGACAAAGAGGACAAGAUUAUCAUCAUCUCCAGCCGCCGGAUCCCCAAGGGAGAGGAGCUGACGUACGACUACCAGUUUGACUUUGAGGACGACCAGAACAAGAUCCCUUGCCAUUGUGGAGCCUGGAAUUGCCGCAAGUGGAUGAACUAACAGGAAGGACGGGAAAAAGUGGAGCGCUCCCGUCUCGCUGGCGCUAGAACACUCCUGCGCCAAAGCCUUUGAAUCCUACAUAGCCAGUGCAUAAGCUGUUGUGAAAGACGUGGACGGAGGGAGGAGGUCUGGCCUCCGUCAUUUGACAGAUUUUAAAAUGGUGACACCUGUAGCCAAAGGUUUGAAGAGCAUUAAUCAAUAAAAGCAAGCGGGCACCUUUGUCGGCAGCAGCUCGACAGUGGGACUGACUUUCAUGUUUGGACUAGUGUGAAACCCCCUCUCCUCAGCCAAAUCCCCCUCUGCCCUCUUCGACUGUUCUCUCAAGAAGCUCCCAGUGGCUGGAAAACAAUCCUCAACGUCUACCAAAUGAUUCUGACCCUCUGAUAUCAAUACUCGCAGAGCUCGGCCGGAGCUCCGACAAAAAGCCAUUUUUAAAGUACUAAGAAUGAACUAAUGAUGCAUUUUUAUGUUUUAAGUCGGACCUAUUCCCUGUCCCACCCCCCCUCCCUUCUAUACCUCCCAGAAAAGGCACUUUCCCAUCAAGUCAUCAAUGAAGACAACACAGAUAUUGGCUAGCUAGACAAUCCUCAUGUGGCUCUGUGUAAAGAACUACAUAUGAUCGAUGGAGAAGAAAGAAUAAAAAAAAAAAAAAAAAGAAGAUGUAAGUUAAUAUAAAAUUUGAGAUGCUAUAGCUCUGUGGCUCCCGAGGCACCAGAUGUCGUGGCUGUGCGGAGCCCCACGGUGGGUUAGUUGGACCCAGUCUACCUCAUUGAUUUUAGCGGGAAGUGACUGCUUUGUAUGAAAACUGUUAACUGCUACUGUGGAACCGGGGGGGGAAAGGGGGGAAUGUUUUUAUGGGCUUAGCCUUCUCGGACAAGCAGGGAAUCUUAAGCAGCAGGUUUGCUCUCAAUCUACUCUAUGCUGAUGGUAAUUUACACACACAAAAGAAAAUGAGCCAACCUAAUUAUUAUUCAUGAAUUAUUUAUACAGAGGAACUAUAUGACAGUUUUGAUAAGACAUUGCAUUCAAAUCACAAUCAUGAUAAAUGCCACCAAAUCAUCCUGGACAUUGAUGUAGCUCUCUUCCUCUUUUUUUGUCUUUUUUUUUUGUACUCUUUUAUUUAAUGCGCCUGAAAACCAUGCGAUCAGCUGUGUGAAAGCACAAUGACCUCCACCUUCUUCAGCCGCUCCAGACAGCGACGCCUCCAGGAUCCAAACAUUAAACCACAUUUGCUCGUCGCUCCGUACGCUGAAGGUGCGCUCGUUGGACACCAGCAGGUGGAUGCAUGACUACUGUCCCAUGUAAUGCUUUUUUAAUCCUUGAAUCAUGCCUCUUCCUCUCUUCGAUUCUUUAGUGGACUGUUGUUAAACUUUACUGUAGUAAGUCUUCCUCUGCCUGAGUACAGCCUGCAGUGUUUCUACUUCCCCUGUAGUGUGCUUUUUUUUUUUUUUCUUCUUCUUCUACGAGUGCUGGUACUGUCCUCUCGAGGCUGAACCGAUGGCAGGGAAAGACUUAUUGGAAAAAAGGGCAUUUGUUUUCAUUUCUAUGUAAGAUGAAUGAAAAAGUCUUUAAAGGGAGCUUUACUGAAACGCCACCUUCCCGUACUACUUUGUUUCCUCCUUCCCCUGAACCUAAGACCUCACAUGAUUUUAAAAAUGCAAAAGUUGUACAAACUGUAUAUAUAGUAUAUGCAUUAGGGGACAGCAACUCUUUAUCCAGCCCCUUUGUAAUCAAUAAAGUCAAAAAGUGUAGAGAAAUAAAAUUGAAAAAAAAAACAUCAACCACUGGAUAUCAUUUUAACGAAGAUAAAGCUGUAUAUAAAUAUAAAUAUAUGUAAAAUGGCAAACUAAUAUCUUUAUGUAUAUGAACCAGAGUGUUUUGCAUUUACCUGUUUUUUCUAUUAGUGUUUUUUGCUAUAAGCUCUCAGAGACAAGUUUGUUAAAAAUAGGUGUGAGGCCGUGUCUGGUCUUCUCCAAUCAGUGAUGACGAGAAGCCCAGGUCAUCAGCGGGCCGCUCGGGUUCCCGCGGAGAGUCGCUAGUCGAGACAUGAAAAUCACUUCUUGCAUAAAAGCAGUACAAUGGUGCAUAGCAUUUGUAUUUAUGUAAUAUUGUCCGUGUUUAUUUUUCCAAUUUAUUUAUGCUACUGCUUGUUGAUUACCAAAACCUCUCCCUCAAUCGGUCACAAUUGGAUUCUUAUACCCUUGAAUGGAAAAUCUUGAAGUCCCGAGAAUAUUGUUGUGUUUUGCUUUUUUAUAUCUUCCCUAUAGAAGUGAAUGUGUUGGUAAACCUUGUGAAAUGUUUACUUGGCCUCAUGUAUGUUAUGAUGUAAUACUCAAAAGUUAAUCCCAUACUUAACCUGGUAAUGAAUUGCACUCUCAUAGUAUAACAGAGAACUUCUCUAAAGUGGUAGAUAUUGAUCGAGUAUCCGAAGCAGUGAUAUAUAUAUUUUUUGGUAUGUUUCUAUUUCAAGGGAAGACAAUGAUGAGACAUUAUGCCGCUCACUGGAUUUUAGAAUGAAUAAUUUUUAACUUCUCUGAAUCUUAAUUUAAGUUCUCUGCAUAUCUUAUAAUUUAAUAAAGUUUGCUCAAAUUGAAGGUUUUUUUUAACCUCACCUACUUUUUAAAAAGAAAAGACGUUGCAUCUGUACAGCAGAGAUACUUUUAGGGAAUAUGAAUAAAUAUAAUGAUCAUUUUUAUUGUAUGUGGCAUGUUUUGUAUGGAUAUUAUUUUGAAUUGUACAUAUUUUUUUCAGGACGCCAGAGGUUGCAUCUCUUUAUAUACAGCUUUCCCACGCCCUCUCCCCUCCAUCUUAUUUCUUUGUCUGCUUUUGUUUCUUGUAAAGGAAAAUAAAAUGCAUUUUAAAUAUG